CAGUCAAAGAAAACUGUCACCUCGACAAACACUCUCCCACGCAUUAUUUUUUUAAACUUAGAAAACCACUUCUCCGCGACUGCCUUACAAUGUUUCAAAACCGCGAAAGAACUAAAAAGAGGGGGAUGGAAACGUGCUAUAAAAAGAAAAGGCGGCCUCUUCUCUCAGAAACAAGAAUCCUGACGACCAUGAAAGUCGCUCUGAUAUCGGUGGCUACAGUUUGCUGGCUCAGUGCUGCCGGCGGGGCGGAGACGGCCCCGUCAGAGCGCAACUGGGAGGACCGCUUCGACGCCGUGAUCCAGAAGGCGCAGGCGGAGGUGGCCCGGAUCAGGUCCUGGGUGGACGAGCAGGGACAGAAGCUGCAGGACAAGGCGAAGGAGGAGAUCUCCAAGGCGUACCAGUCCGUGGAGCAGGCGACGGCCAGCGCCCAGCAGCAGGGGGCAACCCUCGGGGUCAACGUGAGCUCCUGCGUGGACGCCCGGCAGGGACAGGUGGACGCCGAGGUGCAGUCGCUGGUGCAGGCGUCCACCGCCUGCGUCACGGGCGAGCUGGACUCCGCGGUGGACCUCGCCAGCACCCUGCUCUCCCAGGUGGAGGCGGCCAAGAACAAGGUGGUGGACUUCCAGGCAGCCUUCAAAGAGUGCGGCAAGAAGAACAAGUUCCAGAAGCAGAAGUGCAUCGCCGAGCAGACGGCGAAGGCUCUGGCGGAGGUGGUCAAGGUGGAGACCGAGGUGACUGGUUUCUUCAGCAAGGAGACUCUCCUGUUCGAGGAGCUGCCGGCCAAGCUCUUGGCGUGCGAGGGCAAGCAGGCGGCAGCGGCCGAGAGCAGCGCCAAGCAGAUGGCGAGCGACCUACAGACCUGCCUUGCCGGCCUCGGCAUACACAGUUAGCCAGAGCGACAGUGUUCCGGGACCUGCCUUGCCGGCCUCGGCAUACACAGUUAGCCAGAGCGACAGUGUUCAGAGACCUGCCUUGCCGGCCUCGGCACACACACUUAGCCAGAGCGACAGUGUUCCGAGACCUGCCUUGCCGGCCUCGGCAUACACAGUUAGCCAGAGCGACAGUGUUCCGGGACCUGCCUUGCCGGCCUCGGCAUACACAGUUAGCCAGAGCGACAGUGUUCAGAGACCUGCCUUGCCGGCCUCGGCACACACACUUAGCCAGAGCGACAGUGUUCCGAGACCUGCCUUGCCGGCCUCGGCAUACACAGUUAGCCAGAGCGACAGUGUUCCGGGACCUGCCUUGCCGGCCUCGGCAUACACAGUUAGCCAGAGCGACAGUGUUCCGAGACCUGCCUUGCCGGCCUCGGCACACACACUUAGCCAGAGCGACAGUGUUCCGAGACCUGCCUUGCCGGCCUCGGCAUACACAGUUAGCCAGAGCGACAGUGUUCCGGGACCUGCCUUGCCGGCCUCGGCACACACACUUAGCCAGAGCGACAGUGUUCCGAGACCUGCCUUGCCGGCCUCGGCACACACACUUAGCCAGAGCGACAGUGUUCCGAGACCUGCCUUGCCGGCCUCGGCAUACACAGUUAGCCAGAGCGACAGUGUUCCGGGACCUGCCUUGCCGGCCUCGGCAUACACAGUUAGCCAGAGCGACAGUGUUCAGAGACCUGCCUUGCCGGCCUCGGCACACACACUUAGCCAGAGCGACAGUGUUCCGAGACCUGCCUUGCCGGCCUCGGCAUACACAGUUAGCCAGAGCAACAAUGCUCCGAGACGUGCCGGAUUGCCCUCGGCAUACACAGUUAGCCAGAGCAACAAUGUUCCAAGACGUGCCGGAUUGGCCUCGGCAUAAACAGUCAGCCAGUGAACAAAUACUCAAGAGAACUGCUUGGCUGGCCUAGACAUAGCCAGAGCACAAACAUUUCGGAGUCACCUCACACUGUGUACAUUCUGUCUUGUAAAUUUUAUACUGCAAGUUAUAAAUAAACAAUUUUAAACUCAAA